GACCUUGCUGCGGCCCUGCUGGCUGCACGGGCAGAUGCAGCAGCAAAGCUCCCGGGGGGUCGGCUGCCCCAGGACCAUGUCGAUCCAGACGGGCAAACCAGGACUCUCCUGGAUUCUGCCCUAGCUACAGUGCCUCGGCCCCGCCGAAAGAGAUGCGUGGUCUAUGGCAAGGAGGAGAGCAUCGGCAUCUCCUGGUGCCGGGACCGCUGCGGCCUGGUGGUGCGCUCCGUGAAGGAGAAGGACCGUGCUCAGGAGGCCGGAGUGCGGCCCGGGUGGGUCCUGCUUCGCGUAGACGGGGAAGUGCCGAGCCGCGAGCCGCCAACGGCGCCGGCAACGUUGGAAUUCGGUCGUCCGGUGCAGCUUUCGGACGACUUCUGGCAUGGACACCUGGGAGAUGUGAUCGAUCGGCGCUGGUCU